AUGCCUGUUGAUAAAUCUUGGAUGCAAUCUGGGAGGUCGUUAGAAGAUUAUUUUGUAGGAGUUGAAAGUUUUCUCAAUUAUGCAUACAACCAUGUUAAGCCGGAUGAUUCUAAGAUCUUCUGUCCUUGCUCUAAAUGCAGUAAUAGAUAUAGACAUCUGAGUGAUGAAAGCGAUGAAAGUGAUAGUGACAAUGAUGGACAUGAUGUGGCCAGUAUGGAGCAAGACGAUGAUAUGCAUGGUUUAAUAGAAGAAGGUUGUCCACAAGAUCCAAAUGGAGAUGCACACAAGUUUUACAAAUUGUUAGAAGAGGCAGAACAACCAUUGUACAUUGGUUGUGAAUCAUAUUCUAAUUUGUCUUUUGUUGUGAACCUUAUGCAUAUCAAGGGUAUUGGUACUAUGAGUAAUAAAGCAUUUGGUAUGUUGCUAACAUUGUUGAAAAAUGCAUUUCCUUUUUGUGAGAAGUUACCUACAACUACUAACGGUGCAAAGAAAAUUAUUUCAGAUUUAGGUCUUCAUUAUGAUAAUAUAGAUGCAUGCAAUAAUGAUUGCAUCAUUUAUUAUAAGGAGCAUGCAAAUGCAAUGCAGUGUCCUACAUGUAAGCUUUUGAGAUGGAAGAAACAAGGAGAGGGUAGCAAAAAGAAAGGUAAAAGGGUUCCAUGGAAGGAUCGUGUAAAAGAUGGAGUGUUGAGGCAUCCAGCAGAUUCUGAGGCUUGGAAAUCGUUUAAUCAAAUUCAUGAGUCAUUUGGUAUGGAACCUUGA